CUAAGUUUAGCCGUUGAUAUCGCUGGCAGGUCAACAUUUCAUUUAUCGGCGUACUUUUAAGAAAAUAAGCAUUUUCGAUUUGUAUUUUAUUUUUCGGCGAUGGCUACCUACGACGACGUCAAGGAUAUUCCCAAUCAUCCAGAUCAAUACCUCUUCGAUGUGCGAAACCAGUCGGAGUUGAAUGAAACGGGAACGCUGCCGGCCAGCAUUAACAUUCCGCUUCCCAAUUUGGAAAAGGCCCUCAACCUGCCCGAGGCUGAUUUCGAGAAAUCCUAUGGACGUCCAAAGCCGCCAAUCGAUGCCGUCCUGAUCUUUUCGUGCAAAGCCGGCGGACGUGCUGCUCGUGCUGCCAAUUUGGCUCGUACUUUGGGCUUUCACAACGCCAAAUCUUAUGCCGGCUCCUGGACGGAAUGGCAAGCGAAGCAAAGUCAAUAAAUU